AUGAGUGUGCUCAUGGGCGAACCCGCCAUCAGUGGUAUGUUGGAGUCUCUAAGCAGAGACCAGCAACAUGCCGCUAUCAACAAGUUCAUACAAGGAGAACUUGCCGUCGAAAGACAGAAGAUAGACUUGCUACAGCAGCAAGGCUCUCAUCAGUCGAUGGGAGGGCCGAUGGACACGCGUCGACCCGAAACCUUGGAGAUUGAUAUCUCAAGGCACAAGGGAACCGAUGAAGAUUCCCUUUUGAGAUGGUUCGUCGAGUUAGACGAUGCCAUCAGGGCCCGUCACAUCGAGGGGCUCAAGCUUCACGACCCAAACGUGUUUGAGUCGUUAGGGAUCUUGAAGUCUCGGCUCAAAGAGACGUUUGAGCCGCAGAGAGCCGAGUUCAAGGCACGCUCUGCACUCUUGAGGCUCAAGAAAGGUAAGCGUGAUUUGCAGGCUUACGCACAGCACUUACGCUACCUUGCGAGUAGUGUAACGGAAAACCCUGUUGAUGAGCACACGUUCAUCAACGUGUUCAUCUACGGCCUUGUAGAUGGGUCGGUGAAGACCUACAUGUUCCGAGAGGACUUCCAUACUCAGGAAAAGGCGAUAGCGUAUACGGAACAAGAAGACUUCAGCCUGAGACAGUCUCAGGCUAACUCGUCCAACUAUCGUCCGACGAGACGACAAGAAACAGGAGGUCCCGAACCAAUGGACCCCUGUUACAUCGAGAGUGAGAACUCUCGCUCUCUGAGUCACAAGCGAAUGGCAAGAUACCAUCGCUGUCAGAAGAUUGGACACUACGCUCAUGAGUGUAGUGUCCCGAGCACCGCAACACGUCCAAAGACAGAACGUGAUGACCACCAAUGGUCGAGGAAAGGUCCAAGGCGCGGUUCCAACAAUGUCGCUAAACCGCGACAGCAAGUCGGACCGCCAAAAAACGGUCAGGGUCAGUAG